AUGAUGUCUAUGCGCUCGUUGAGGCCUUUGACUGUCGCCGGUGGCCGUAAGGCCCUCCAGCAGCGCUCUGUGAUGGGUGUCGCCGCCCAGGCUUCCCGUUUCUACUCGACUCAGGACCCCAAGGCCAAGGCUCAGUCCAUCAUCGAUGCCCUGCCCGGUAACUCCGUUCUCUCCAAGUCUGGUAUCUUGGCUACUGGUUUCGCCGCUGCCACUUAUGCAGUUGCUAACUCUCUCUACGUUGUCAACGCCGAGACUGUCUUGCUGACCUGUUUCUUCGGUUUCAUAGCUGUUGUCUCCAAGACGGCUGCUCCCGGUUACAAGGUCUGGGCUGAGGGUCACGUCAACCACAUCAAGAACACGCUGAACAAGGCCCGCGAGGACCACGUCGUCGCUGUUCAGAACCGUAUCGAUAACGUCGAGAAGCACGGUGAUGUCGUUUCAACCACCAAGGACCUUUUCGCUAUCUCCAAGCAGACCGUUGAGCUUGAGGCCAAGGCUUUCGAGCUCAAGCAGCAGGUCGACUUGGCCAAGGAGGCCAAGGAGGUCCUCGACUCCUGGGUCCGCUGGGAGGCUCAGAUCCGCGCCCGCGAGCAGUCCGACCUCUACGCUGCUGUUAUCGCCAAGGUCGACAAGGCCCUCGAGUCCGACAAGUUCCAGAAGGACAACCUCAACCAGGCCGUUGCAGAGAUUGAGCGUCUUUUCAAGAAGAACUAA